ACCUGACUGCGGCAGAAGAAGAGGCUGUGGCUGAGUCUGUGGCGACCACGUCUUCCUGACCCGGAUCCAAAGCCGGACAGUCAUCAUCAGAAUGUCUGUCAGAGAUCGAAUCGAAAUCUUUCCCUCGCAAAUGGCACAGUCCAUCAUGAAGGCUCGAUUGAAAGGAGCACAGACAGGUCGAAACCUCCUAAAGAAGAAAUCCGAUGCCCUCACUCUUCGAUUUCGACAGAUCCUAAAGAAGAUCAUAGAGACUAAAAUGUUGAUGGGUGAAGUGAUGAGUGAAGCUGCCUUUUCCCUUGCGGAGGCCAAGUUCGCAGCAGGGGACUUCAGCACCACAGUUAUCCAGAAUGUGAAUAAAGCCCAAGUGAAGGUUCGAGCAAAGAAAGAUAAUGUAGCAGGUGUUACCUUGCCAAUAUUUGAAUAUCACCAUGAAGGAACUGACAGUUAUGAGCUGACUGGUUUAGCCAGAGGUGGGGAACAACUGGCUAAGUUGAAGAGGAACUAUGGCAAAGCAGUGGAACUACUGGUGGAACUCGCCUCAAUGCAGACUUCCUUUGUUACUUUGGAUGAAGCUAUUAAGAUAACCAACAGGCGUGUAAAUGCCAUUGAACAUGUCAUCAUUCCUAGGAUUGAAUGUACCAUUGCUUACAUCAUCACAGAGCUGGAUGAGAGAGAGCGAGAAGAGUUCUAUAGGUUAAAGAAAAUACAGGAGAAGAAAAAGAUUCUCAAGGAAAAAACUGAGAGGGAAUUGGAGAAACGGAAGAUAGCUGGAGAGGUGACAGAGCCUGCCAAUCUUCUGGAUGAAGAAAAGGAUGAGGAUCUUCUGUUUGAGUAACCUUGCCUGCUCUGGUUCUUUCAGUCCUGACGUGACACCAGUCAGUGUAUCAUGUAAGAAGAUCAAAGGGAGGAGACAAACAAUAUAAAGUUUCAAUGAGAAAAAAAGAGAAAAGCAAGGGCACUCAAUAUUGGCUCCCCACACAUGAAGAAUAUCUGCAGAGAACAGUGGGCAAUCCCUAAGAAUAUGAUGAUCCCUUUUUGUAUGUGUUAGAAGUAUCACAUAAUCCCUGCUGAAAGAUCAAGGAAGUGUUAAGGAAUGCCAAAUCUUGCCACAC